UUCAUAGGGAAAACUACAGCCGGAAGUUGCAGAUGUCGCUGUGCCUGCUAACUCCACAGCGGUCAGUAAAUGCGUCGCGCGUAGCUUCAUUUCUCAGAACAUUCGAGAGGUUCUCGCUCCGCUAGGGCGUUCCAGAAAAAGCCGCCUGUCUGUGUCUCCGAGACCCGCUGUGUCCUGACGCUUCCAGUGGUCAACGGGGGCAUCUUUACAGGCAUAAUACCAUCAACGGAGCCUGCUUCAGUCAAUACACCACAAGCUAUCGACCACCGUUCACUGCGGCAAUAGGACGAGCAGCGUUGUGUUUAUGUCUUUGUUUUGCGAAAACGAGCUGUUGCGCAGCAGUUGGAACCUGUGUGGAGGAAGUCUAGCCUUCAAGCAAGGAGCUUGCAGCCACAGCGGCACAACAUUUUUCAUGUCAGAGACCGAGCGCUCUUGCAGUUGUUUAUGUCAUCCCCUUUUUUCCAGACAGAAGAUCCCAAAAAAUCCCCAACCAAGAUCCUUUUACCUUACUGAUAGUACUAACAUUCAGCCAAAAUGUCUGUCAACGUCAACCGCAGCGUGUCAGACCAGUUCUAUCGGUACAAGAUGCCCCGUCUGAUUGCCAAGGUUGAAGGCAAAGGAAAUGGAAUCAAGACGGUCAUUGUCAACAUGGUUGAUGUUGCAAAGGCUCUCAACAGGCCUCCAACAUACCCAACCAAGUUUUUUGGUUGUGAACUUGGUGCUCAAACCCAGUUUGAUACCAAAAAUGAUCGUUACAUCGUCAAUGGAUCCCACGAGGCGAACAAGCUGCAGGAUAUGCUUGAUGGGUUCAUCAAAAAAUUUGUGCUGUGUGCCGAGUGUGACAACCCUGAAACCGACCUGCAUGUCAAUCCCAAGAAGCAAACCAUCGGCACUUCCUGUAAGGCCUGUGGGUACCGCGGCAUGCUAGACACUCGACACAAACUCUGCACCUUCAUCCUCAAAAAUCCACCAGAGAGCACCGACAGUGGAUCUGCAUCUGCUAAGAAAGAGAAGGAGAAGAAGAACCGCAAAAAGGACAAGGAGAACGGCUCCGGCAGUGGCGAGGCGGGAACCCAGGACAGCUUUAAUGCUCCUGAAGCUGUGGAUCGGGAUGACGACGACGAAGACUGGGCAGAGGAGACUACAGAGGAGGCACAGAGGCGUCGUAUGGAGGAGAUCAGCGACCACGCCAAGAACCUGACACUGAGCGACGACCUGGAGAAACCCUUGGAGGAGAGGGUCAACCUGUUCUACAGCUUUGUGAAACAAAAGAAGGAGAGUGGAACCAUCGACGCGGCCGACAAGGAGAUCUUGGCUGAAGCGGAGCGUCUGGAUGUGAAGGCCAUGGGCCCCCUCAUCCUCAGUGAGCUGUUGUUUGACGAAAACAUCCGCGACCAGAUCAAGAAGUACAAACGCCACUUCCUAAGAUUCUGCCAUAACAACAAAAAAGCCCAGAAGUACCUGAUGGGGGGCUUUGAGUGUGUGGUGAAGCUGCAUCAGGUCCAGCUGCUCCCACGUGUUGCCGUCAUCCUGAAAGACCUGUACGACGCUGACCUGCUGGAAGAGGACGUCAUCCUGUCCUGGGCAGAGAAGGUUUCCAAGAAAUAUGUCUCCAAGGAACUUGCCAAAGAAAUUCACGCCAAGGCCGCUCCUUUUGUGAAAUGGUUGAAGGAGGCAGAAGAGGAGAGCGAGGGGAGCGAAGAAGAGGAGGAGGAAGAUGACGAAAAUGUGGAGGUGGUGUAUUCGUCCUCCGCUCGUGAGCUGAAGGUGGAGACGGUCAAACCAGAAACACCCGAGAAGGAGGAGGAUGACAUUGACAUCGAUGCAAUCUAAGACGGAUGUGUAUGCUGAUGCUGUGACUCAUAACGCUCUGUAUGACGUAUGGAAUAGUUUGCCUUUUGCUCCUUUACUACAUUUCCCAGACUCCCUUCUGCUUUGUGGCAUGAUUUCUGUAGCGCUUUUCCUGCUGCACAGUAACUGUAAUCCUGACAUGUACUCAGUUGACUAAAUGAAAUUGCUCGGGGGUUAAUCACAAGUGUUAUGGGGAUCAUUUUGAUUUGCAUCUUUGUUUUCUCCUUUGUUUUGGGGAAAGGGAGGUGCUUGUUGUAUUUUUCCAGUCAAUAAAAAUGUUUUGCUAUCCACCA